AUGCCCCCGAGGAAGGCAGUGGAAAAGAAAGAACUUCCAAACUUCCCAAAGGCAGUUUCAAACUAUACUUUAAACCAGGGUUUUCGCUUUGGAAUGUCAGAUAACCCGCCAAAUUUAGGUCAAGUACCAAUUCCUAUUGGAAAAUCAGGCUGUCUUGAAGGAAUUACAUUUGUAGCUACUGGAACAAUGCCAUCUAUUACAAGAGAAACAUUAAAAGACAUCAUCGAAAAAUAUGGUGGUCGGUUAACUACAUCAAUUUCAGGAAAAACAGAUGUAGUCAUUCGUGGAUGUAUAGAAGUUGGCCCCAGCAAACUUGCUCAGGCAAGAGAAAGAGGUUUACUAAUUAUUGAUGAAGAAAGUUUAUUCCAAUAUCUUCAAAGCACAAAUCCAAAUUAUGUACCACCUCCACCACCAAAAAUUAGUGGCGGACCAGCACUUCCAGAAUCAAUGUUCCCAAUAUCAUCAAUCUUAACAGAAAAAUAUCGUCCAAGACAACUUUCUGAUAUUGUUAGCAAUUACGGCGCUCUCAAGCAUCUUGUUGAUUUCUUCGAAGCAUACGAUCCAUAUGAAAAACCAAAAUGUGCUAUUCUAUGUGGUCCUCCAGGCAUCGGCAAAUCCACGGCUGCAACAUUAGUAGCAUUAUACUGCGAUUACCAUCCAAUUGAACUCAAUGCAUCAGAUACUCGCUCUAAAAAAUCUCUAAAUGAAACAUUUCCAGACAUUUUUGACAACAAAGCAAUUGAUGCAAAGAGCGGCCAAGAUCAAAUAUGUCUUAUCUUCGAUGAAGUUGAUGGAAUGUCAGCUGGAGAUCGAGGAGGUCUCCAAGAAUUAACAAAAUUCGUUGAUAGAGCGAUUAAUCCAGUGAUUUGCAUAUGCAAUGACAGAGAAAAUAGGAAAUUAGAAACACUUGCAAAGAGAUCUGUUGAUAUUAAGUUUGCUACUCCUACAGAACAAGAAGUUGCCUCAAGAUUAAGAUUCAUUUGCGAGCAAGAGGGCAUGAAAGUCAGCGAUGAGUCAUUAUUAAGGAUUGCUCAAAGCUCAAAUGGUGAUUUCAGACACGCAAUUAAUACACUUCAGUUCUGGGUUCCAACAGAAUCAGAUUUAGAAACGGAUAACGUAAAUAGGAGUGCCAAAGUUAUUCCAAUCGUUGAUGUUGUUGAAGCAACAACAAAAUUAUUCCGUCCAAAGACGGAUUUCGAAAUAAGAUUCGAUUGUUAUUUCGUAGAUUACGGAAUGGUUCCACUUUACAUGCACGAAAACUUGCCUAUAAAUGACAAUGCAGGAUAUGCAGAUGCUUUAGAGUCAAUGGCUAUUGGUGACGUAUUAAAUAAUGAUAUCUACCAAAACAUGGAAUUCCAGACUUUACCAGCUCAUGGAUUCUUCUCUGCUGUUGCUCCAUCAAUUCUUUCACCAGGAAAAGAUUGGGGAGGCAUGGCAAAAUUCCCGAUGUAUUUCGGAAAGAAUUCAAGGCAUAAGAAAUUAGAAAGAUACAUCAAUGAGAUGGGAAGAAGAAUUUCUCGCACAACCAAUCUACCAACUAGUGAAAUCAACGAUACAACAGUUCCAUUACUUUUAAUGCGAGCUAAAAACUAUCUUUCAGGCAGAAAACCAAAUAUUGAUGGUUUCCUCGAUAUGCUUGAUAGCUUUGAAAUGACUCUUGAUGACUACGAGCAUCUUGGAGAGCUUUAUACAUACGGACCACCAGCCAUGGCCGCAAAAUCUCUUCCAGGAACACCAGCUGUUAAAGGUGCCGUAACAAGAGGCUACAGGCAGAGACAUACGAACGCUUCCGAUGUAGUAGGAAAGGUUAGAGAAGUCAGAGAAGACUACAUGAUCAGCGAACGUCCGAAACCAAGCGAACUCAGAGCAGCAGCUCCAACAAAGUCAAAGAAACAGAAGCGUAAGUCGAGCACAAUCAAAACUAAACGCGUCAACAAAGAUGGCGAAGAACUCAUCGAUGAUGAUGAAGGAAUUCUCGAUGAGUCAGAGAAUGAUGAAGAGGAAGAUGAAGAUAUCUGGGCAGCAGCAAAGAAUAAGUCGAAUGCAAAGUCCACGAGAAGAUACAAUUCGAAGUCAACAGGAAAAGAUGAUGAAGGACUUGAAUUCAAUUCUGCAAGUGAUGAUGCAGAAGAAGAUGGAGAUUGGAAAGAAAAUAAGAAAUCAAAGAAGGAUGACGAUGAUGAUGAAGAAAAGCCUAAAGCAAAGAGAUCAAGAAAGACGAAAACAAAGAAUAAUGAAGAAAAACCAAAAUCAAAACGUGGAAGAAAACCAAAGAAAGAUGAUGAUGAAAAGCCUAAAACAAAGAAGACAAAAAGCACUAAACCAAAGAGAGGAAGAAAAUCUAAAGAAGACGAAGAUGAUGAACCAAAUAGCGAAGAUGAAGCUUUUGUUGCAAGUGAUAGUAGCGAAAGUGAAGCUGAAGCGCAAAUGACAAGUGAAAGUGAUGAAGAAAUGGAAUUUGACGAUGAUGAUGAAUCAAGUGAUUCUCCUGACGAAGAACUAAAUUUGAGCGAUGAUGACGAUGAGAAGGAAAAGAAAGCAAAGAGAGAAGCUAAAAAGAAUGCACCACCAAAGUUCAAAUCCAAAUUACUCAAGAAAGUUAAAGGAAGGAAGACUGGCCGUAAAGUUUGA